CUGUCAUUAUUUAGUGUAGCAUCUGUAACCGAACUUGCAAUAUGAUUGGGACGGAGGUGAUCUUUCUUGUUGUUGUCAAUGGCCUUCUUAGCUUUAUUGGGAUUAUCGUAAACGUUUUGGUAGUCUUGGUCGUUUUAAAAAAUCAGCAAAUGCGAAAUGAGCUUAACUUACUCAUCACUAGCUUAUCUGUUGCUGACAUCAUCGUGUGCCUCGCGGCGCAACCGAUGUACAUGGUCACCUUGUGUAUUGAGGAAAGUGAAGAAUUCAAAUAUGCUUUUGAGGUAGUAGCCUUUAUCGGCCUCCACGCGUCCUUCAACAGUCUCACUGGAAUAACAAUCAACCGCAUGGCGGUGCUCCUGCAUCCGUUCUCCUACACCAUGUCUCAUCAUCGCAAACGCUUAUACGUAGGCAUUAUUGGCGGGAUUUGGGUUUCGUCCGUAAUUCUUGCCUACUAUUUCACCACCGAUUCUGGGCGAGAGAUAUCAGCCCAUGUUCACGCUGUCAUGUUUAGCAUGUUCAUCGUUUCAUACGCUUACAUAUUUUGGGUGGCACGAAAACAGGUACGCAAGAUUUCCUCUCAGAUGCAGUCCGUUUCUUUCAACCAUAAGGCGACAAAGAUUCAUAGUGAAAACAGUGCUGCCAAGACUUCAGCAAUUUUGGUGACUUCCUCAUUAGUGUGUUUCUUUCCUGAUAUUGUGUUUGACUACCUACAUAUGGUAGACGAGAUGAGAUUUGAGUGGUUGUUCACCCUUUUGUUCUUGAGCUCUGCGAUAAAUCCUUGUAUUUACGUCUGGAGAAACGAACGAUUUCGUCUGGUACUGCUUCGGACGAUUCAUUGUAUUCCGGCGAUAAGGGAUCGAAUUAUAUCAUCGACUCGGGUCAUUCCAGCUCAGAUGGAAAGCACUAAGCAAAAGGGAGUACCAACGAAAGGAAAGGCUAGUACAGUCCGAGGACUGGACAAUUAUUGCAGUGUUGAGGAGCUGGAGUAGAAUGAACAAGAGCCGUAUGAGCUAAUCUCAGUCAUAGUCCAACCUGAGUUCAUUACCUAGAAAAACAAAGUCAAGUUUGAUGUUCUGACGUUAGAUCUUGGUAUUGCAAGCCAGCGAAGCGAAAGCUGGAUUACUUUUCAGUAAUCAAAUUGGAUUGCAAUUGAAGUUACCAUCGAGAAUGAGUUCCAAGAAAAAAGGAAAAUAGAUGGAGCUUAUCGAAAGUUCUUUAAUUAAUGAACGCGCUGAUCAUAGUCGGUCAGUAGAAUGGCCUUUAUUAUUCUACCUUGAGUAUGGCGAUCAUUUAUAAGAAACACAACUCAGACGACAAGGUUGAAAACCACUUGUGAAGAUGUCGACAAAAACUACAUAGUUUAAAAAGGACUAUUUUGUUAGGAGCGACAAAGCUUUCUGAAGAUUACUUUGCAGUUCAUAAACUUGACCAAGAAGGCACUGUUGCUCUAUUUCAUCUGAUUUCUCA